UGUCAGUGGCUUUAUUACAGUGUAAUGGAUGAGGUGGGAUCGAGGGUCCCUUGAGUGUCCCAGCCUGUAUAAAGCCUGCUUGGUGUUCCAGUCCUCUGUGUCCCAGACCCAGUCAGUGGUACCCUCAACCACACAGACACUCUGCUUCUCCAAGGACAGCUAACGGUCUGAGACUAAAGCAGGGGAUUUGAUGUGGUCAAAGUUCUACUCUAAACUGGACAUCAGACUGGUCAGUGAACAGUGGAACAGAAGACCAAUUGAUGGAAAUUGAACGUGAAUAAAUCUGAAGCAUUUCCCACCACUGGAGAUUCUGACUGUAACACAAACAGUAUGGAUGUUCCCCAGCUGUCUCACAGGUGUGCCCUCACGCUGCCCUGCUGUGCAGAAGCUGGUGGGGCCACCUGUGCCAAAGCCCCCCAGGUCACGGGGGUCACAGUUCAGCUGGAGAUGCACACGCUGUGGCAACAGUUUGACCAGCUGGGCACAGAGAUGAUCGUCACCAAGGCUGGGAGGAGGAUGUUCCCUACCUUCCAGGUGAGUAUCUCAGGGAUGGACCCUGCAGUGGAGUAUGUGCUGCUCAUGGACUUCAUCCCUGUGGAUGACAAGAGAUACAGAUAUGCGUUCCACAGCUCCUCGUGGCUGGUGGCAGGCCGGGCCGACGUGGCGGCCCCAGGGAGGAUGCACUUCCACCCAGACUCCCCCGCCAGAGGGUCCCAGUGGAUGAAACAGAUGGUCUCCUUCGACGCACUCAAACUGACCAACAACCUGCUGGAUGACAAUGGACAUAUGAUCUUGAACUCCAUGCAUCGUUACCAGCCCCGAUUCCAUGUGGUGUAUGUGGACCCACGGCGGGAUAGCCAGCUUCAUGCCCACCGCAACUUCUGCACUUUCUCCUUCCCUGAAACACGSUUCAUAGCCGUCACUGCCUACCAGAACCACAGGAUCACCCAGUUGAAGAUAGCCAGUAACCCGUUUGCCAAGGGCUUCCGAACUACUGAUCCUGACGCCUGGGUGGGCAGUGCCAGGCCCCUGCGUCACUCUCUGCCCACCUGGCAGCCACCGGAGGGCAGCCAUGAGCCUGGCAGUAUGUCGGGAGAGSAGCGAGCACAGAACCUAAAGAGUCUAUCAACGCAUCGUGAACUAGGCCACCACUGCAGGGAAGACAUCAGCUGUACCAGUGAGAGAAAGGAUGUGGAGAAUAAUAUUUUUCCACCCUUGACUUUCAUCCCCCUUCCCACUCUCUGGGAAUGUCCAGGUAUUUCAGAGAGACUGAACCUGGGAUGAGAGGAGGGAAUUUCUUACAUAGUUCCAUUACUAAAGAUCUUCCUACAGUAGCACACAUUCUCCUUCAAUAUGUGAAUAUCUCUCUUCAUUAUUUCUCAAAGGAACCAAGUGAAAAUGUUCUAUUAUGAGCUCAAUCAUUUAGCCUAUUUUCUUUGAUUGUUUCAUCUUGGGCUGGUGAUUUUAGAUAUMACUUUUUACACAAAGCACACAAGGCAAUAUAGGGGGAUUAAUUGUUUAAAGUGGAAAAUAUUGUUAUUCAAAUGAUGUCAAU